GUGACCUCAUUAAACGAAUCGAUCUAGCCAUACUUCGUCUGCACAAAUUUUGAAAUCGCUACUUAGAAGUGAUCAAACAAAACCUAAAUAUCUAUUUAGGGUUUGCAAACUACCACUUUAAAAUUACUUUACUUUCUGCUCUGCUGAAACUACAGAUUUGAAGAUGACUGAUCCAAACCCUAAAAAGAAUAAUGCCGAACCUACAGAAGAAGCUUCUUUGAAAGUACCAGCAAAAGAUCCUAAGAAGAAGAAGGAUGAGAAGAAAGAUGAAGACUUGUCGGAUGAAGAUUUGGCUCUUAAGCAGCAAUUGGAGCUUUAUGUUGUGAGGGUUCAGGAUCCCUCGCCUGGACUGCAGAAAAUGGCCCUUGAAAGUAUGAGGCAGGAGAUUCGAACCUCAACUAGCUCAAUGACUUCUGUGCCAAAGCCACUUAAGUUUCUCCGACCACAUUAUGGAACUCUAAAGACUUAUUUUGCUACAAUGGAAGAUUCAGAACUGAAGAAAUACCUUGCGGACAUACUAUCAGUUUUGGCCUUGACAAUGUCAGCUGAAGGAGAACGGGAGAGCCUUAAAUACAGAUUGUUGGGUUCAGAGGGAGAUAUUGGUUCGUGGGGCCAUGAAUAUGUUAGGAACCUUGCGGGAGAAAUCUCACAAGAAUAUGCGACGCGACAGCAGAUUGAAGAUGCCAAAAUUGAAGAUUUGAUGGGGCUGGUGCAGCAAAUCGUUGCCUUCCACAUGAAGCACAAUGCGGAGCCUGAAGCCGCUGAUCUUCUAAUGGAGGUUGAGGACCUUGAUUUGUUAGUUGAGCAUGUUGAUGGUGCAAAUUACAAAAGGACAUGCAUGUACCUAGUUAGUCUGGCCAGCUACCUACCUGGACCCGAUGAUCUGUUGGUUCUAGAAAUAGCAUAUGUGAUCUAUCUGAAGUUCGAUGAGUACCCUUUGUCACUUCGGAUUGCAAUUGGCCUGGAUAAUUUGCAGUAUGUGAAGGAUAUGUUUAAAUCGUGCAAUGAUAUUCAACGGAAAAAGCAGUUCUGUUAUAUUCUUGCACGACAUGGUGUUCAUUUUGUGCUGGAGGAGGAAAUGAUUUCUGAUGACGAUGAAAGGGAGUCAUGUCAAGAGAUCUUAAACAAUAUGAAACUAAGUGAAGGCUAUCUCAAUCUUGCUCGUGACAUUGAGGUCAUGGAACCCAAGUCUCCUGAAGAUAUUUAUAAGGCGCACUUGAUUGACGGCAGGGCUAGUGCUGGUGCAAGUGUUGAUUCGGCCAGGCAGAAUUUAGCUGCUACAUUUGUGAAUGCAUUUGUAAAUGCGGGUUUUGGUCAGGAUAAGUUGAUGACAGUCCCUUCAGACGCUUCAAGUGGUGGUACUACAGGAGGAUGGCUGUAUAAGAAUAAGGAACAUGGCAAGGCUAGUGCAGCAGCAAGUCUGGGUAUGAUCUUGUUAUGGGAUGUGGACAAUGGUCUUUCACAGCUUGACAAGUACUUUCACAGCAAUGACAACCACGUUAUUGCUGGUGCAUUGUUAGGUGUUGGAAUUGUCAACUGCAGUAUCAAACACGAUUGCGAUCCUGCAAUGGCGCUUCUUUCCGACUAUAUAAAUAAAGAAGAUUCAACUGUCCGCAUCGGAGCAAUUAUGGGGCUAGGUUUAGCAUAUGCAGGAACCCAAAAUGAGCAGAUCUACAAGCAAUUAUCUCCAAUUCUGGGAGAUUCAAAUGCCCCACUGGAUGUGAUUGCAUUUACUGCAAUCUCUCUGGGCUUGGUCUUCGUGGGUUCGUGCCAUGCGGAUGUUGCACAGUCCAUUAUACUUGCCUUGAUGGAUCGUAAUGAGGCUGAGCUUGGGGAGCCUCUCACUCGGCUUCUACCACUCGGACUUGGUCUUCUGUAUCUCGGGAAGCAGGAAAAUGUGGAGGCUACUGCAGAAGUUUCCAAGACAUUUCAUGAAAAGAUAAAAAAAUAUUGUGAUAUGACCUUAUUAUCUUGUGCCUAUGCUGGCACUGGGAAUGUCCUCAAGGUUCAGCAUCUUCUUGGGGAAUGUUCUCAACAUCUUGAGAAGGGUGAGACCCAUCAAGGACCUGCUGUGCUUGGAAUAGCUAUGGUAGCAAUGGCUGAAGAACUUGGCCUUGAUAUGACAAUUCGAUCACUAGAGCACAUGUUACAAUAUGGAGAGCAGAAUAUUCGUCGAGCAGUUCCAUUGGCUCUUGGACUCCUCUGCAUCUCAAACCCAAAGGUAAAUGUUAUGGAUACAUUAAGCAGACUUAGCCAUGACACGGACUCAGAAGUAGCAAUGGCAGCGACUAUAUCUUUGGGGUUGAUAGGUGCUGGUACCAAUAAUGCUCGAAUAGCUAGCAUGCUUCGCAAUCUUUCAAGUUAUUAUUACAAAGAAGCCAGCCUCUUGUUUUGUGUUCGGAUUGCUCAAGGUCUCGUGCAUAUGGGAAAGGGUUUACUUACUCUUGCUCCUCACCAUUCUGAGCGGUUUCUUCUCUCCCCGACGGCACUUGCUGGAUUAAUCGUAUUGCUCCAUACUUGCCUUGACAUGAAAUCUCUUAUUCUUGGGAAGUACCAUUACGUGCUCUAUUUUCUUGCUUUAGCCAUGAAGCCGAGAAUGUUGAUGACUGUGGAUGAGAAUCAAAAACCUUUGUCGGUACCUGUAAGAGUUGGGCAAGCCGUGGACGUGGUUGGUCAGGCUGGUCGGCCCAAGACGAUCACCGGAUUUCAGACACACUCGACGCCUGUUCUUUUAGCUGCUGGUGAUAGAGCAGAGCUCGCUACAGACAAGUACGUUCCCCUUUCACCCAUUCUUGAAGGAUUUGUCGUGCUUAGAGAAAACCCAGAUUACCAGGAGGACAAUUAGACCAAUUUUAAGCACUUGUGACUGGGAGAAGCUCGAUUCUGGAGAUGGGUUGCUGCUACACUACUGUGUGAAAAUGGUUAUGAUGCCUAGUGAUUCAUGGUGACCACAGCUCCUGCAGACGAAAUGAUAGACAACCAAGUUCCCUUAGAAAAAGUUGUUCCUGGAAAGAUGGGGCAAGAAACUCAUGUGGGUUUAUAGUUAUUUCGUGUAAAAUCUUCUAUGAGAUCAAUUUAAUUUGGAGUUGCCACAGUUUUGUAUUUAAACAGUGAAGGGUAGUGAUUAUUAUCCUAUUUGUGAUGUCUGUUUCAAUGUUCUAUUACU